UAACAAUUUUUGUAUUUUGUUGAAAUCUGACAGUUCUUUACUUCUUUGCCAACGCACACGACUGGCAAUACCAUAAUUAUAUGUAGGGAAAAAUGGCGACUUUACUACCUCGUUCUUUUGGACUUGCUGAAACUGUAUUUAUAAAAAAUGGAAAAAAGCUGUUGGCAGCAUCAACGUCCAACAAUCUACCAUCCAAGCAGCAAGUUAGAAACCUGAAUGUUCAUGAGUAUGUCAGUUACACAUUGCUCAGAGAUCAUGGCAUUCCUGUGCCUAAAUUUAACAUUGCUAAGACCAAGGACGAGGCAGUCAAGUAUGCCCAAGAACUUAACACCAAAGACAUUGUAUUAAAAGCACAGGUUCUUGCUGGAGGUAGAGGAAAGGGUGCAUUUAAAAAUGGCCUGCAAGGUGGUGUACGAAUGGUUGACAAACCCGAAGUAGCUGGAGAUAUUGUGGGUAAAAUGCUUCAGCAAUAUUUGGUGACAAAGCAAACGGGUGCAGCAGGGAGGAUCUGUAACAUGGUUAUGGUUACAGAGAGGAAGUUUCCCCGACGAGAGUUUUAUGUUGCUAUAAUGAUGGAGCGUAGUUUCAAUGGUCCUGUUAUCAUAGCAUCAUCCCAAGGUGGUGUAAACAUUGAGGACGUGGCCGCCGAGAACCCAGAUGCAAUUACAUAUGAACCAAUUGACAUUGUUACUGGUAUUACUGAUGAGCAAAUCGCACGCGUGGUUGAAAAGAUUGGUCUACAAGAGCGUUCCAGUGAAGCCUGUGACAUGAUUAAGAAAAUGUAUGACUUGUUCUUAAAGAAAGACGCUCUGUUGAUUGAAGUAAAUCCUUACGCCGAAGAUGCCAUUACAGGGCAAUUCUUCUGCUUGGAUGCAAAAUUCCGAUUCGACGACAACGCCCAGUUUAGACAAAAGGAAUUGUUUCAAUUGAGGGACACCACUCAAGAAGACGCUAAAGAAAUUGAAGCUGCCAAGUUUGACCUCAACUACAUUGCACUUGAUGGAAACAUCGGAUGCAUGGUAAACGGUGCAGGGCUGGCGAUGGCCACCAUGGAUAUCAUUAAGCUGUAUGGAGGGGACCCCGCCAACUUUCUUGAUGUUGGAGGCGGAGCCACUGCGCAAGCCGUAGCGGAAGCAUUCAAGAUUAUCUUAUCAGACCCGAAAGUAACAGCUAUCUUGGUGAACAUCUUCGGAGGUAUUAUGCGCUGUGACGUCAUCGCGGAGGGUAUUAUUAACGCCGCUAAAAACCUCAACAUUCAAAUUCCUGUGAUUGUUCGUCUUCAGGGUACAAAAGUGAAUGAAGCGAGAAAACUGAUCGCAGACUCCGGUUUGCGCAUCGUGCCUCGCGACGACUUGGACGAGGCGGCCAAGCUCGUGGUGCAGCUCUCCGAGAUCGUGGCGCUCGCCAAGAAGGCCGGCGUCGAGGUCAAGUUCGACAUCCCCAAAUAUAUGCUCGAGAAGUAAACAGUAUUGUCGCCGUAGUCAGUGAAUCUACUCAUACUGCGUCGAUUGGUGCACAGAUUACGCGUGACUAAGAAAUAAUUCUAGAACAAUGUUACAUUAUUAAAUAAUUCAAUGCAAUAUAAAAUAUUGCUACGCGUAUCGUGUUAUAUAUAACUACCCAAAUUAUCUCCAACCUAAGUUAAAUAAUUUGUGAUAACUUAAAACACUUAUUUGGCAUUCGAUGCGAACAUUUUCAAUGUGACAUAUUUUAUUGAAAUUUCCAUAAAUCUGUGCACUAAUUUAUGUAAUAGAAAGUAGAAUUAUUUAAUUACAUCCUAUUAAUCUCAUAUUUAAACUUUCUUCGAAUAAUAUUACCGAACAAGUUUGUUCUGAAUAAAUUAGUAACAUCUUAUUAGCCAUUCAUAAUUUUGGUUUACAUGAGCUGUUAUUUAUUCAUAUUAGUGACAUGUAGAUAGUAGAAACAAAAUGUUUCAUUUAUUUUUUUAAUUGAUGUAUUUAUUACAUAUUUUAUUGUAUUAAAGUUAAUUCAACCUUUGAACAUAUUAAGUUUCCAUUAUCUUUAUAAUGAAAAUAUUUACACUUAGAAAAUAAGUGCACGAUGUUCUUUAAAAUGUAGUUAAUUUAUUAAAAUACCAAACAAUUGUAAUUUUAAAACACAUAUUUUUUGUUCUCAGCAAACUUGCAUCUUUCACUAUUUUAUUUAUUGCGUUCAUUAGACUAAGUAAUCACACUCAUUAUUGAGCUUAUUGUUGUAAUUGUAUCUGCCAAUAUUAAUCAUACCUUAUUUUCGAUUUAUUUAUAUUUUUCGAAGCUUAUUUAGCAUUCUUAAACGUUUAUAGUAUUGUUGUUACCCUCUAUUGUAAGUUAUUAACCUUUAAUAAAAAUGACAUUUACAUAAUGAAUGUAGUUUUAUCUGUAAAAUACUGAAUCAUUAAUUUAUAGGACCCUUCAUUUAGUGUGUCCUCGAACGUGUAUCAGCGCAAUAAUCGUGUGUUAGUACAAAAUGUACUACAUAUUAUGUUCCUUUGUAUAUAAUGAACUGACCUGAAGUUCAUGUAUGUAUUUAUCAAUGGGUAUUCUUAAAUUAAAGUACAAUAAGUUAAUAUUUUGAUUUAUCUAAGUGAUAUUAUUUUUGUCUGUUAACAGUGGUUACACAGAAAAUAAAAUUUUAUUUGGAUCAUAGAA